AUGUCGGAGGCCCUACAACGGGGAACCGUGGUGAGAAUCCAUGGUCUGCAUUCGAAGCCUUCGCUGAAUGAUGCCCUAGCUUUAGUCGUGGGUAAGCACUCAGAGGACCGCUGGGUCGUCCGGCCAACCUCAUCCCCAGAUUCCGUGGCCGUGCGUUACACGAACUUGCACCGGGCACGGGAGCUGUCGGAGGGCCUGCGUCAGUCAAUCUUCACCGCAGCUGCUCUGUCAGUGCUGCUUGUGGCGCUGGCAGCGCGUGCUGGCACCCGAUCCCGGCUGCGGGCAUUCGUCCCUUUGGCCUCGCUGCUUUGGUAUCUGGUAGCAGUGCUGGGGUGCUACUGGGUGCACUCACCCCUGCUGGGCAGCGGAGUCUAUAUACCUGCCAUCUCGGAGAUGGGCGUCUCAAGCCCUGCAAGGCUUCUUUACCGCGUAGCAUUUGGCCUUUGUGGCUUCCUCCUGGCCGUGACUCUGUUGCAAAUGUAUGACCUGGCCUGCAGUCAUCAUCCAGAGGAGACAACAGCGCAGGAUUCUGGUCUGCUAUGGGGCCUUCUGGCUUCCUUCGGCAUCGCUCUGCAGGGCGUUUGCACGCUCCGUCUGGACUUCGCAGCGGAGACUGCGCUACAUCUUGGCGGCGCCAUGUUGACCAUGUUUGGCACCUUUUCUCACGCGGAGAGGUCCAACGAAUGGUUUGAGUCCCUUCCUGUGGGCUCUCCUCUUCUGCGCCGAGGGUGGCGCGGUUUCGGACUCUACUUGCGCAGAGACCGCUUUCAGGCCCUGGCAUCCGGUGGCACCCCGCUGAUGGUAAUGUUUGCAGUGCCCCUCCUGCUGGAGGGCGCCAAACGCCUCGGCCUUCUUUCUGAGAUGAAUCUGGUGGAGAACUGCAUGGGUGUGAUGCUUCCCGGGGGUCAAUUUCAGCGCGUUUGA